AUGCUGGGAAUCCGCACUGCCCCCAAAGAAAAUCUCAACACGUCCUCUGCGGAAAUGAUGUACGGUGCUCCCCUUACAGUGCCAGAUUUCCUUCCGAAUACGAAUUCAGACCUGGAUGUCAAAAGGUACCUCGCUCAACUAAGAGAUAGCGUGGGUCAGUUGCGCCUUAUUCCCAUGUCGACACACGGUACACCCAAAUCGUCCGUACCAAAUGACCUCCGCACGGCUAACUUUGUGUUCGUUCGACGUGACACACGACGAAAACCCCUUCAGUCACGCUACGAUGGUCCAUAUCAAGUCGAACAUCCAGGAGAUAAAACAUUCCAACUCCUAAUUGGUGGACGACAAGCCACAGUCUCCAUCGAUAGAUUGAAACCGGCCCAUCUUGUUAUUAACAUCCGCAUCAAGGUGGCCCAACCACCAAACAGGAGCCGUCCUAGACAGAUCACACCAGCCCUUGACAAGGAACAGUCACCAAAGAAUCGAUAA